GAUCUGACUGUCAGCUGAUCUGUGCUCCAACUGAGCUUUACACAUAUACUCCAUUAUAAAAAUGUUUAAAAUUCUGACAGCUAUAGUUGUAUAGAAUUAUGGAGCAGUGCAGAUCGCGUAAAAUAAAUCCAAACAAUGAAUGUAUAUCGUCCAUAGCACUGUCUCCAGGAUUAUUGUGCCCAAUAAUUAGAAAUUCUUGAAAGGCAAAUUAUAGUCUCGUGAGAACCAUUGGAAAUUAGUGAAAACAAUGUUACUCUUAAUGCCUUUUAUUCUGGUUAUAAUUCAAUGUGAAUUAUCAACUGGUAAUAAAAUUAAAACUGAUAUUGAUCCAUCAAAAACGAUCAUCUGGGGACCUGGUUUACGAUCCGAAGAAGUUGUUAUGCGUGCUCGAUACAUCUUCCUGCAGCUUUAUGAUACGGACGGAAAAAACAUAACUGAAUCACCUGGGGAUGGAAUUGUUAUGACACAGAUACAGGGUGAGACUGAGGAAGGAAAUCCAUGCCAUCUAUGGAAACAAGUUUUUGAUUGCAAGGAUGGUAGCUUUAUAAUACGGUAUAAAAUAUAUAGAACGUGUUACAAUUUGAAUAUUAUAUUGCGAAUCAAGGGCAAAGAUGUACCAGGAACGCCUUUAACAUUCAAAGGACCGUUGUAUGAAGAGGAAUGUGACUGUCCAAAUCCAUCAAUAACUAAUUGGUUGAAUAAUUAUGAAUGUCCGGAAAAUUAUGAACAAAUCCAGCGUGAUCUUGCACCAUUUGAAAGCGUCGAUUUCGAUGAAAUGAGAAAUGCAAUUAUCCAGAGAUUUGAUAGGCCAAACAGUGUCAGCAUUUGUCAUUACAUAAUAAAAGAUAACAAAGUAUACAGAAGGUGUUAUGGGCAGCACGUUGAUUUCAAGAUAUUUGUUGAUGAAAUUUUCUUAUCUUUAGCGCGGAAAGUAAUAUUACCCAAUGUGGAAUUGUUUUUCAAUUUGGGAGAUUGGCCGUUAGUUUCCAAUUCUGUUCCAAUUCAUCCAAUUUUUUCCUGGUGCGGAUCUAACGAUACAAUGGAUAUUGUUCUUCCGACGUACGAUAUUACUGUAGCAUCUCUAGAAAAUAUGGGCAGGGUAAUGUUAGACAUGCUGUCGGUACAAGGUAGUACAAAUAUACCAUGGCAGAAUAAGAAGGAAAAAUUAUUUUGGAGAGGCCGAGACUCGCAAAGAGAACGUCUCGAUUUAAUAGACAUCGCACGAGAACAUCCAGAUCUUUUUAAUGCUUCAAUCACCAAUUUUUUCUUCUUUAAAGAUGAAAUAGAUAAAUAUGGUCCUCGUCAGAAUCACGUAUCUUUUUUUACUUUCUUUGAGUACAAGUAUCAACUUAACAUCGAUGGUACUGUAGCAGCAUACAGAUUCCCAUUUUUGCUUGCCGGCGAUUCUCUUGUGUUCAAACAAGAUUCCAAGUAUUAUGAAUAUUUUUAUAAGGAUCUGAGACCAUAUGAACAUUAUGUACCAGUUAAGAGAGACCUAUCGGAUCUCGUGGAGAAAAUUCUCUGGGCGAAAAAACAUGACCAGGAGGCUUACAAAAUUUCUAGGACCGGUCGACAAUACGCAAGGAAGAACUUGCUACCUCAAAAUAUCAUAUGUUACCACGUAGUUCUGCUACAGGAAUGGAGGAAAAGAUUGAAGAACCGUGUAAAUAUACUUCCUAAUAUGGAAGAGGUACCACAGCCUGAACAUGCAUGCAAAUGCGAAAGCGGAGUAAACCAGGAGAAUUACAUAAAAUCUAAGGAUGAGCUUUAGCGUAAGAAUUCUUUGUGAUAGUUAUAUAUAAUGUAAGUAUCUCCUCACAUCUAAUGUCUUUUUUUUGUGUACUAAUGAGUAAAAUGAUUUAAGAUUCA